GGCUUUGGCGCGCGCGGGGGGGACGCGGCGGCCGCGCUCGGGACCCCCAGGGACCCCCCCCAGGGACCCCCAGGGACCCCCGGGGACCCCCCAGAACCCCCCCGGGACACCCCGACCCGCCCAGGGACGCCCCCGGGCCCGGGGCACCCCCGGGACACCCCCGGAGCCCCACCCCCACCCCGGAUAUCCCUCCCGGGGACACCCAGGGACCCCCGGGACACCCCCGGAGCCCCACCCCCACCCCGGAUACCCCCCGGGACCAUCCCUCACCCCCUAGAACCCCCCGAGAACACCCAGAACCCCCCCCCGGGGACACCCAGGGACCCCCGGGGACCCCCCGAGGACACCCAGAACCCCCCCCCGGGGACACCCAGGGACCCCCGCGGACACCCCCCGACCCCGUGCCACCCCCGGAGUCCCCACCCCACCCCGGAUAUCCCUCCGUGGGACCACCCCCCACGCCAGGGACCACCCCUGGGGACACCCCCGGGCCGCCACCCCCUGUCCCCGCUGCCGGUGUCCCCCCCCCCGGUGCCGGUGUCCCCCUGUCCCCGGUGCCGGUGUCCCCCUGUCCCCGGUGCCGGUGUCGCCGCCCGUGUCCCCUCCAUGGAGAACUUCCAGAAGGUGGAGAAGAUCGGCGAGGGCACCUACGGCGUGGUCUACAAGGCCCGCAACAAGGUGACAGGAGAGGUGGUGGCGCUCAAGAAGAUCCGCCUGGACACGGAGACCGAGGGUGUCCCCAGCACGGCCAUCAGGGAGAUCUCGCUGCUCAAGGAGCUCAACCACCCCAACAUCGUCAAGCUCCUGGAUGUCAUCCACACGGAGAACAAGCUGUACCUGGUGUUCGAGUUCCUGCACCAGGACCUCAAGAAGUUCAUGGACUCCUCGUCCCUCAGCGGGAUCGCGCUGCCGCUCAUCAAGAGUUACCUGUUCCAGCUGCUGCAGGGGCUGGCCUUCUGCCACGCCCACCGGGUGCUGCACCGGGACCUGAAGCCGCAGAACCUGCUCAUCAACGCCGAGGGCUCCAUCAAGCUGGCCGACUUCGGGCUGGCCCGCGCCUUCGGGGUGCCCGUGCGCACCUACACGCACGAGGUGGUGACCCUGUGGUACCGCGCCCCCGAGAUCCUGCUGGGCUGCAAAUAUUACAGCACGGCCGUGGACAUCUGGAGCCUGGGCUGCAUCUUCGCCGAGAUGAUCACGCGCCGGGCGCUGUUCCCCGGUGACUCCGAGAUCGACCAGCUGUUCCGCAUUUUCCGCACGCUGGGCACGCCGGACGAGGCCGCCUGGCCGGGGGUGUCGGCGCUGCCCGACUACAAAGCCACCUUCCCCCGCUGGGCGCGCCAGGACCUGGCCAAGGUGCUGCCCCCGCUGGACGACGAGGGCCGCAAGCUCCUGGCGGGCGUCGCCAUCUUUGCGCGCGCGCCGCGGGGCCGCCCCGGAAGUGACGCGAGGGCGGCGGCGCGGGGGGGGGCGUGGCCCAAACGUUUCGGAGGCGUGGCCAUGUGUUGGAUAUGGAAAUUAGAGGGCGGGGCUAAAAGCGGAAAUGAGCUUCACUUCUAUGGUAAUUAG